GAGAGAGAACGAGUCGAAGGGAGUGGAGUGCGCGGUUCCCCGGGCGGCCAUUGCGGGUACCUUGUCGAAAACCGCGAAGACGAUAAAGUGCUUUGUGUAAGACGGAUUAAGAUCCAGAAAAAUCAAGGCUCAUCCUCGUAUCAAGGUGCUCCGUGUGAAGCCCGGUACGCGCACGAAACUCCGGUCCGAUGGCUGAGACCGACAAGUUAAACAUUGAUAGCAUCAUAGGUCGAUUGUUAGAAGUACGAGGUGCUAGACCAGGAAAGAAUGUACAAUUGUCAGAAGGAGAAAUUCGAGGCCUUUGUCUUAAAUCUCGUGAAAUAUUUUUGUCGCAGCCUAUUUUGCUAGAGCUCGAAGCACCGCUUAAAAUAUGUGGUGACAUUCAUGGUCAAUAUUAUGACUUAUUGCGAUUGUUCGAAUAUGGUGGAUUUCCACCCGAAAGCAAUUAUCUCUUCUUAGGAGAUUACGUCGACAGAGGAAAACAAUCUUUAGAAACCAUUUGUCUUCUUCUUGCCUAUAAGAUCAAGUACCCUGAAAAUUUUUUCUUACUCAGAGGUAACCAUGAAUGCGCUUCUAUCAACAGGAUAUAUGGAUUUUAUGACGAGUGUAAACGCCGAUAUAACAUCAAGUUAUGGAAAACCUUUACAGAUUGUUUUAAUUGUUUACCUGUUGCGGCUAUUGUGGAUGAGAAAAUAUUUUGUUGUCAUGGAGGAUUGAGUCCAGAUCUUCAAAGCAUGGAACAGAUUAGACGUAUCAUGCGACCUACAGAUGUGCCAGAUCAAGGACUUCUUUGCGAUUUACUAUGGUCCGAUCCGGAUAAGGAUACCAUGGGUUGGGGUGAAAACGAUCGUGGCGUCUCUUUCACGUUUGGCGCAGAAAUCGUUGCGAAAUUUUUACAUAAACAUGAUUUUGAUCUGAUAUGCCGUGCGCAUCAAGUAGUAGAAGAUGGCUAUGAAUUUUUUGCUAAACGACAGUUGGUAACUUUAUUUUCUGCUCCAAAUUACUGCGGGGAAUUUGAUAAUGCUGGUGCCAUGAUGUCAGUAGACGAGACUCUAAUGUGUAGUUUCCAAAUUUUAAAACCAGCGGAUAAAAGGAAAUUUACUUACGGUGGUCUAAAUGCAGGAAGACCAGUAACACCUCCCCGAGGUGCAAAUAACAAAAAUAAAAAGAAGUGAAAUUAUUAGAAUGAUUUUUGGACGCAAAAGACUUAGGACCUUAUGUAUUGUUCCCCACAUCCGUUUUUUUGACAUUACGAAUUCUUAUAAAUAAGAGUUGCUAUUAAUUCAUUGCAGAGCAUACGAAGUUCAUUUAAAAGAAAAGAAAAAAAAGCAAUGACUACUUAAAAAGAUGGCAGAUAUAAUCCGGAGAGGCGUUGUUCGUUAUUCGCGAGAUUUCCAAAAUGAGAGUAAUUCAGUUACGGCAAGGUAGAAUUUAUCGGUUGGAAAUUGAUUUUUGUUUAUACGUAUACGCGGUCGAUUUAAUUAUGGAGUAAUAAGAAAAUAAAAAAAAUAUAUAUAUAUAUAUUAUAUAAGAAAAGUACGAGUCAUCGAGAAGGGAGAUGAAAAAAGAAAGAAAAGAAAGAAAGGGGAAAACACCAAAAGCGUAAACAUUGGAAUUAAAAGGAAAAAACGGAUUAAAAUAACGUAGAUCUUAGAAUAAUAAUAGCUAUCACUCGUUCGAUAAAACGAUCUCUGAACUAUAAUAUUUAUCACUCUUGCAGCUUUUAUAUAGUUCUGUCAAACAGAAAUGAAAUUAUAUAUUAUUUUGUUCCGCUUAAAUUUGUUCCCUAAUAACGCGAUACGACCAACAAAAUAUCCGGAAACUUUAUUGUAACGAUAUAAUAUACGAUGUGUAAGCGCGAUAUUGUAUUAUUAGCGACUGCCUAUGAUCGUUAACUAUCGACUGUAAUACGUCCGUACGAACCUUGUACAAAGUAAUAUUAUCAUAAUCGAAGCUCAACGUUUCUCUGAUAAAAAAGAAAAAAAACGACUAACACUCGCACAAACUUCGUAAAACAGAUUGGUAGAUGAAUGGAUUUACGUAAUAAACGUCUUUAUAUAUACAAAUACAUGCGAGAUGUAUAAAAUAAAAUAAAGUUUCACUUUUUUGUAGAACCCCCUUAAAUAAUAUAUAUAGUUCAAUAUAAAAAUAACGUAAUAGAUUUAUAACAACGCUGCAAAGCUUCUCCGGACCCUAGCCCAAUAUCAUUUUAAACAUAAAUACGAGAAGGAAGUAAUAUUAUGUUACAUUAUGUUUUAAAUAAAAUAUAUUUUACGCAAGUAGUUUUGAUCGUUUAGGUGAAAAUAUGGAAAAAGAGAAAUAUUUUGUAUUACGGAUAUAUAUUAAUUUUUUUUUGACAUGAAUUUGUGCAUGGUCCUACUUAUUAUCGUGGCAGGAUGAAACUGUUUUUAUCGUUAUCACAAUCGUGUAUUCCUUCGAUUUUCAUUUCCUCUCCUGCGUACUAUUAUGCAUAUUUAAUCUAUCAUAUAUAAAAUGCAACGAUUUUUUUUUUCAAUUUAAACAAACUAUAACCGGAAUCGAUUAUUUUGCCUCUCUGAUAUCUGUAUAUUCAAAGUUUCCUUUUUUAUAAAUAAAUCAGAGCGAAAAACUCAGUAUAAAGUAUCGCUUUGUUUAACGAACAACGUCCUCUAAUAUAUACAACUUUGCUAAAAACUGUAAUUCUUCUACUUUUUAUUCGUCGUACAUAAAUCAUUGUCAUUUGAUUUGAUGGCAUACACACAUAUACAUACAUACAUACAUAUAAAAUAACAGUAUUGGUACUAUGCUAUUACAAUGCAAUUACAAUAAUGAUAGCGAAUAUUAAACAAUAAAUUCGUAAACUA